AUGAGUGAAAUCCCCUCAACAGACGCCGAAUGGGCGGAAAAGAUAUCCAACAUGAGGAAGCAGCUACCCAGACGCUCACUGUCCCAGCUGCCAAUCCCAACACAAAUCCACCGGACAAUAGACCACACCCUCCUAACGACCCCAGUCGACCUCACACAGAUAGACACUCUGUGCAAGGAAGCUCUUGAAUACAACUUCGCUGCCGUAUGCGUGCGACUCGAGAACGUCGCCCGCGCAGCAAGCCACGUCAAAGGCACCGACACAGCACUCGCAUGCGUGGUCGGGUUCCCAGAGGGUACGCACCCAACAGCGGAGAAAGUACGUGAGGCUAAAGAAGCCGUAGCGCAGGGCGCCACCGAGCUCGACAUGGUCAUCCGGUACGACCUGCUGAAAGAGGGCCGGUACACGGAGGUAUACGACGACAUUCAUGCGGUGCGCAACGCAGCACCGCCGCCAAUUGCCCUCAAGGCGAUUGUGGAAGCGUCCGUGCUUGAUAAGGACCAGCUCAUUGAUGCGACAAUCGUGUCAUGCAUGGCUGACGCGGACUAUAUCAAGACUAGUACUGGCUGGAAUGGUGGUGCAAGUGUUGACCAAAUUACGCAGAUGCGCCUGGCGGCGGGUAUGUGUGGGCGCACAUCGUUCAUCAAGGCUAGUGGUGGUAUACGCACUGCUGAGAGUUUGUUGCGGAUGCUUAAGGCUGGAGCGCAUCGCAUUGGAACUAGUGCUGGGGUUCAGAUUAUGAAAGAAAUCGAUGAGGGGGAGGUUCUUGAACAGGGAUGUGGCCAUGCGGUUGCUUGA